ACCUUCGCUUCUUCAGCAGUCUCGAUGAAACCUCUGAACUGAGCGGAGCUUAUCAAUGGCGUCCCAAAUGGCGAUCCUCUCCAGAGCCCGUAAAACCCUCCUCAAAACCCUAAACCACCACAACAAUCCCUUUAAAGCUUCCAUUUCCACCUUCACAUUCCUCUCCCAGGAAGCCCAACUCGUCGAGCCCAGGCUUCCCCCGCCAUCUCCCACUCCACUUCCUCCCAACCCCGCCUCAGGGAGCCCGCUCUACAAUUAUUUUUUAUGGAUGGAUCUUUACUUUAUUUAUAUCAGGAUGCUGCAGACAAGAAAGGAAUCUAUGCCUGAUGAUGAGUCAUAUGAAUUGGUUGUUGGUAUGCUGUUUUUGACAGACCAGAUUGAUGCUGCCUUGAGAUAUGUUGAUUUGACUUUGAAAUCUGGUUAUAUGUUGUCAAUGAGGGUUUUUGCUGAGUGUGUGAGAAGUUGUGUUAACAAAGGCAGGCUGGCUGCUUUGGUGUCUAUUAUAGAGAGGUGCAAGACAAUGGAUUAGAAUAAAGCUCUUUCUCCCUCCUGGAACAUGUGCAUCUUCAUUGCAGAUAUUGCGAUGCAAGAGGAUAAUAGCAAGUUAGCUUUUUAUGCCUUGGAAUUCAUGGCCAGA